AUGCAGCCUAAAAACACGUUGAUUGCGCAAAAGUUCAGAAAACCUUCAUCAAAGAAGAUGGAGAAUCGCACAAGAUAUGAAAAUUCUCCAAAAUUCUAUUUAUUCCCACAGCUGUCCAUGGAGCUACGACAAAAAAUAUGGAAGUUGAGCUUUCGCGGUCGUAUUGUUGAAGUUGAUGUGAAUUUAUACGCUGGAGGUGGACACUAUGCCUCCUUCUGGGGACGCUCGCAGAUCAUUGCAUGCCAAACUAUCACUCCAAACCCAGCCACUCUUUUCGUAGAUCAUGAAAGUCGAACACAGACCCUGAAAUAUUACUUGGAUCUUCUUCCGGGAAUCUCGGAUGUCCCGACGUACUUUUGUGCUUCUAUCGACACCUUCGCUCUGCAUGAUACUUUCUAUAGUAGAGCCGACGUUAAUGGAGAGUACAACAUACAUCCUUUAACACAUAAUUUUGGCAGUCUUAUUGGUCUUCUUACAGCCUCGGAACUUAUGAGCUCUGUCAAGACUUUGAUCUUCUCAAAUUUCAAUCUUUACAACUUUCGCGAGGCAGAUCACAAUGAUCUGGUUGCUUCAAGACACAAACUUUUCUUACCCACUUCCGCAGAUUUAUUCAGACUUAAAUCUUUGGAAGAGAUCAUCUUCGUGACUGAUAAAAACAGACCAGUCGAGGUCCCGGGAUUCGAGAAAGACGGAGAUGCGGUGAAUUAUAUGAGGAGCACUCUCGCCGAUACCUUCAAAAUGCGCAAGAAUCAAGACCCAUCUUGCCAGAUCCCACGUUUCACGGUGUAUAAAGAGCCUUUCCGCCUUCCAAUCUUUCGCGAUGAAAUGCAGGAAGCGUCUGAUUCACGGGUUGAUGAGUAUUAUGAAUUGGAGGAGAAGACUGCAGAGUGGUUCGAUUCCGAGUAUUGA